CUUACGAAGUUGUGAAAAAACGAUGACUGAAGCUUGGACGAAGACGAACGGAUUUAAGGAACGCAAGAAAUGGAGACCAUUUCACGCUACGGAUUUCGAUUCAUUGAUGUAUCCCUGCUUCCUCAUGUGUGAUAUACUUGGAAUUUUUCCUUACAAAUGCGGACCUUCAGGAUAUUCAAUUUCAAGGACUCGUUUCAUACGUUGUAUGAUCACGGCGACCCUGUUUUUGAGCAUGUUAAUCUCCAUUGAGUAUCUAUUAAUUGUGGGCAUAGCGACGGUCAAUACCAUACCCAAAAUAAUUCAUCAGCAUUUUUACUUCUUCAUGAUGACAACUAUCAUCUUGAUAACGCACUUUCAAACCAGAGCAAAACUGUACCUGCUUCAGGCUAUGCUGAAUAUAUCCUCUAUGUUGACUCCAAAGGAUUUCAACGAUUUGGCGAAAUUUAUCCACGCAAAGGACAUCGGAAUAUUUUUAUUUGUUAUAAGUCACUUACCAAAUUGCUUUACUGCUGAUACACAUAUGACGAUAAGGAAUUUAGCUUCGUUUUCUACCGCGCUAAGCACCGUCUCCAUGGAAAUGUUCUACAUAAAUUGCGCGUGUGUUCUAAAAGCUUGCUUCUCGAAAGUCAACGAAGAUAUAUAUCAAUUAAAAAAACCUACCAGUCAGAAAUUUCUGCGUAACGGGCAGAAUACCCCUUCAUUGUUGACAAAGUUGAAGAGCUUCGAGGAGAAACACCUAUUAAUUAGUAAUGUCGUGCAGCUGUUAAAUAAAACGUUUUUUCUACGAAUUACCAUAGCAACAUGUAUUACGUUCGUCAGUGUUACCUUCAAUAUGUAUUUCUUUAUAUUGCGGAUGAAUGGGGGGGAGAACGGGGUGAGCUACUUAAGCUUUUGGUACUUACCAUAUAUCUCUUCCGCCGUUUUUCACUUCUGCAAGUACGCCUUGCUAAUUUGGGCCUGCGAAUCAGCGACCAGUCAGGCCGUAAAAAUUCGCGUUACUCUGUACGACGUCUUAGGCGAGGUGUCCGAUAUGACUAUGAAACGCGAGACUGCAGCGCCUGUAAACUACUUACCGCUGCACGCCCGUGCACUGCGUUUCCUCAGACACAAUUGUUCACUGCUCCAGCUGAUGCUAUGCAUUAAAUAAGUUCACAACCAAUUGAAUGUUUACGCAACCACUUUGAUCUAAAUCUAUUUUGUGCUUUGCAAUAUUAUUACUAAUUUUUUUCAUUAACUCUUCCAAAGAUAAAUGUUCUAUUAAAUUACAGGUAGAGAUUUUUUCACUGCAGUUGUUGCACCACGAGGACAUAUUCUCUGCGAAACUGCUCAAACCGAAUGCGGCUCUCCUUACG